UAUCAACUUUAUCCACCCAAACAACAGUCAAGAUGAGCGAAUCCAAGGAAAUGGUCAUUGUACUUACAGGAGCUUCUCGAGGCAUCGGCCAAGCCAUUGCCCACCACCUCCUCUCCCGCAACCACAAAGUCGUCCUUGUCUCGCGGACGGAGUCUGCUCUCGAGUCGCUACGCUCGCAGUAUGGCAACGAGAAAGUAGCUGUACUUGCCGGUGACAUGGCGGAUGCGUCUCUACCGCAGAAAGCAGUCGACCUGGCGAAUAAGCGGUGGGAACGCAUUGAUUCGCUGAUUGUGAAUCACGGCACGUUGGAUCCGGUGAAGAAGGUCGCCGAUAGCAGUGCCGAGGAGUGGAGAAAGGGCUUCGACGUUAAUGUGUUUAGUGCAGUGGGCAUGGUCCAAGCCGCUCUCCCCUCCCUCCGCAAAACCUCUGGCACUAUCCUCCUAACCUCCUCCGGCGCCGCGACGUCCGCCUACCAAGGCUGGGGCUGCUACGGUGCUGGGAAAGCCGUGUUGAACCACCUUGCCCUCACUCUCUCCGUUGAAGAACCUUCCAUUACAACGAUCUCCAUACGUCCCGGUGUUGUAGACACAGAGAUGCAGCGUGAGAUCCGCGAAGUGCACCAUGAGCGUAUGAGCGAGAAAGACAGGGCCAAGUUCAGUGGAUUUAAGAAAGAUGGUGAUUUGUUGAAGCCGGAGCAGCCGGGUUAUGUUAUGGCGAGGUUGGCUGUGGCGAAGGGGGAGGAUGUCAAGGGGUUUAACGGCCAGUUUUUGAGCUGGAAUGAUGAGAGUUUGGGGGCUUUUCAACAGGAUUAGUUGGUCACUUAUCAUCGACUAAAUAGUCGUCGCAAUUAGUGCGCUUCAAUCAUCUACAACUAAACCCAUCCGAAUCCGACUCAUAUGGAUACGAC